AGUUUGGUUUGUUUGCGAAAAAAAAGUGUUGCGGAAAAUGUAGAGACCGGAGUGGGUUUUCCGGUAUUUCCGCGCGUUUUUUUCCACGAAUAUUGUCAAAAGUGGUGUGUGGCAUGCAAUGGCAUCCAGAGAGAGCAAUCGCGAAAGGCAGGAAAAUGAAUUCGAAGCAAUUCAGUCAAUUUUCGGGGUAGACGUUGAGGAUCUACGGGAGAAGGGACAAGGAUGGAAGCCCAUGGACUUCAAGCUAAAACUCAUGCCACUCAAGGGAUCUUCCGGACCAACAGAAGCACAUGUUUGGACGAGCGUCCACAUCACUUGUCCAGCAAAGUACCCCAAAGUACCCCCCAAAUUGGCGCUGGAAGAUAGCAAGGGUUUGUCAGAUGCCCUCAUUGAGGAUCUCUUGAAGUGUCUACAGAAGCAAGCGGCUGAACUCAAGGGGAGCGAGAUGGUGUACGAGUUGGCAGAGUCAGUUCGGGCAUUCCUAUUUGAACACAACAAACCCCCACCGGGGAGCUUCUACGACGAGAUGCUGAUGCAGAAGCUGAAGCGUGACCAAGAGCGGAUAAAUUGUCAGAAGAUGAAGGAGGAUGAGGAGCAGCAGGCGCUGAAGGAUGAAGUGAAUCGACGGAAGGAGAUACUGAAGAAUGAAUCUCGCAUGCGAAAAGACACCAGGAGGAGUAUUAGCGAAUCCAGCCCCAAUCACGGCACACCCACCUCUUCGGAUGUCUCCGAAUCUUCCUGGCCACACUUCCGGAGCUACAUGUACCCAAAUGAGUGCAAAGAGCACCGAAAAUCUGAAGUUAUUUAUUUCCACGGCGCCGGGAGGCAAAUCCAGAAGGGCUGCUGCCUUGGACAUAGCCAAAAGGGAUGUGUGGCUUACUCCGGGAUUGAUUUGGAAACCGGACAGCUGGUCUAUCUCACCGAAUGGAAUAUAAAGUACAGCAGAAUCGAGUCUAAGAACAACGUGGAUGAAAUCAUAUCAAAUAUUGAGAAGCAAGUUACGAAUCUCUCCCAGCUACGGCAUAAGAAUCUAAUCAGCUACGAGUGUGUCCUUUGUAUGAAGAAGAAGGAGGGAAUUCUCGUGUACCUGGUGCAGGAUUUUGUUCUCGGCACGAGCAUCUGCACAAUUUCCGGAACACUCGGAUGGUGUUCUGAGGGUGCCAGUAUGGUGGCCAAGGGUGUACUGGAUGCUAUAAUUUUCCUGCAUAACAACUCUGUCUUCCACAAUCAUCUCCUCGACACGACGGUCUUCAUGGACAACACUGGGACGAUCCGUGUGACGGAUUUUGCCCUCGUCCCUUAUCUUCAGGACUUGAUUGGAUGUUCCGGAACGGCGAGGAGUGAUCUUCCAGCAAUGGGAGCCCUUCUGGAAGCUCUCCUACCCACUCAUACGUCCAACAUGCGUGACUAUAUUGAACGCUGCAAGUCCGAUAGAACUCUGAGUGCUGUUGAGCUUCAAACUCAUCCCUUCCUUCAGCCAAUUCUCUUCAAUGAAACAGCCGUUGUGGAAUACACGGCAGCUCCUGUGGCACCACGAGAGCUACGUCCUGAGCUUCAUUCCACCAUCUCAGCCACCGCCCAAUCACGGCUGAAAAGUGAAUUUGAACUCCUCCAAUUCCUCGGCAAUGGUGCCUACGGGGAUGUACUGAAAGUACGAAAUAUCCUCGAUAAUCGGCAGUACGCCAUCAAGAGGAUCCCUCUAACUGCGCGGAAUAAGCAACUUUACCGGAAGAUCCGACGCGAAGUAGAGCUCCUUUCGCGGUUGAAUCAUGAGAAUGUGGUCAGGUACUACAACAGCUGGAUCGAGACAGGCCUUCCUGAAGGGGCUUUCGGUGAAGUUAAUAUACCCGGAGGGGACUUCUCCGUGAGUGUUCCCGAUAGCAAAAAUCCAGCACAAAUUGAGCCUUCGGAUGAAUCAUCGAGCGAAUCUAGCGACUGGAUAAACUACAUCCCACCAGCUGGGGUAGAUCCCAGCGAUGGCAUUGAGUUUGUCAAUUCCGCUGGGGAGUGCGUUGAACUGGAGGACUUUGGGGAUGAGAGUUUAUCAAAGAAGCGGCCAGAAUCACGGAAAUCGCCACACUUUGAGAAUCAAUUCAUGUACAUUCAGAUGGAAUUCUGCGAGAAGAGUACCCUCCGGACGGCCAUCGAUGGGGGCCUCUGCAAUGACACAGAACGUCUCUGGAGACUCUUCCGGGAGAUUGCUGAGGGGCUGUCGCACAUUCAUCAGCAGGGGAUGAUUCAUCGUGAUCUCAAGCCUGUUAAUAUUUUCUUGGAUUCACGCGAUCAAGUGAAGAUUGGUGAUUUCGGCUUGGCCACAACGAGUUUCCUGGCGCUGCAGAGUCAAGAGCAGAAUGCCUCCAUUGCUCCGUCGCAAUCGGAUAUGGGGGAUACGCUGACAGGGCGUGUAGGGACGGCGCUCUACGUGGCACCAGAACUAACGGGGAAUGCCUCAAAAUCCACCUACAAUCUCAAGGUGGAUCUGUAUUCUCUGGGUAUUAUUCUCUUUGAAAUGAGUAUCCCACCUUUUGAGACAGCCAUGGAGCGUGUUAAAACAAUCGUAGCCCUCAGAUCUUCGGCUAUAACCUUCCCGGAUUUUAUGAUGAAUGACAAAAAGUACUCACAGCACGUGAAUGUGAUUAAAUGGCUCCUUGACCACGACCCAUCGAAGCGUCCAUCAUCAGAGGAACUCCUGACAUCAGAUCUCGUACCACCGGCACGACUCGAAGCGACAGAGUUGCAGGAAAUGCUGCGUAAUGUUCUUGCAAAUCCACAGAGUCGCACGUACAAGCAUCUCGUGUCACGAUGCCUAUCGCAGGAGAGUAAUAAAGCCCUGGAGCUCACGUAUCAUCUCAACAUUGUUCCCAUCUCCACAACAAUGGGAUACGUAAAGGGGAAAAUCCUGCAUGUUUUCAAGCGGCAUGGAGCCAUUGAGGUGAUAACGCCUCUCCUGACGCCCUUGGGAAAGGACCACACUUAUGUGGAUUCCGUGAAAUUGAUGACACAUUCCGGAAACGUUGUCUACCUCCCGUACGAUCUCCGUCAACCAUUUGCAAGUCAUGUGGCGGUGAGUGGGAUUACAUCAAUCAGACGCUACUCAAUUGGGCGGGUGUAUCGUGAGAAGAAGGUCUUCAAUUUCCACCCAAAGCAACUCUAUGAAUGUGCUUUUGAUAUAAUCUCCCAAGAUACGGGCAAUUUUCUCCUCGAUGCCGAAAUAAUUUCCGUUUCCUAUGAAAUUUCAAUGGAAUUCACGGAGCUACGUGAGAAGAAUCUCAGCUUUCGUCUCAAUCAUACAACACUCCUUCGUGCCAUUCUUAUGCACUGCAAUGUGCCCAAGGAGAAGCAGAGUAAUCUCCUAAGGGCCAUUCAGGAUUUUAUGGAGUGCAAAAUUACCAAAUUUCAACUCACCUCCGCAAUUAAUUCCAUUUUUGCCACAACAAAACACAACACCAAUACACUCAUUGAUUUACUCGUCACGGAAUCACCUCUUGGUGGCCCCAGGGGGAGUAUAAAUGGCAGUGCACUGAGAUCUCUCGUCAAGGGUCGCGGGGAGGCGGCAGCAUUGGCCAAAGGGGCUAUCAGGGAGUUGGAGUCGGUUGUGCAAUUAGUUCAGGGAAUGGGAGUAACGUGUCCGAUGAUUCUUCAACCGGGACUUUCAGCGGGAUUCAAUAGAGCUCGUUCUGGGGGAAUUGUUUGGCAAAUGGUGGCAGACCUGAAGAAGACUAGAAAACAUGGCCCAGAUGUUUUGGCUGGAGGAGGGAGAUACGAUGACCUUCUAGCUGAUUUUCAGAAAAUAGGCUCAAAGUGUCGUCGAAUUGACGUCCCAGCAAAGAACAUCUGUGGCGUUGGAUUUUCCUUUGCAAUGGAUAAGAUGGUGAAUUUCCUUGGUUUAACAUCAACAAGCACAGAGUAUCGUUCACUUGAUGUUGUUAUCUGCGUCUUGGGCUCUCGUCCACCGCUGCAAGACGUCACGCAGAUUCUCCACACAAUCUGGUCGAUGGACAUCAAGUGUGGUGUCGUUGAGGCGUCCCAACUGGAGGAGGCUGAACAAGCAGCUGAAGGUCUCGGGGCAGCUCAUGUGAUUGUCCUGGGUGAAGGUGGGACAUUCCGUGUGAGGUCGUGGGAUAAUAAAAUCUUCCGUGAUCAGCAAAUUAGUCGUCCGGACUUGAUGGAAUAUCUGCACAAAAUACGAAAUCCUCCAGAAACAAACUUCAGUGAGAGCUUCAAUUCAUCUCAAAUGAAUACAAGUGCAAGUAGUACGAGCCUCAGGAGCAAUAGUGCACCAUCGUGCUUCUCCAAUGUUGAAGUUCAAUUCAUUACAAUGGAGAAAAUGGCUAAUCAUGCGAAGAAGCGACUGGAGAAUUAUAUUUUGCAAAUCAUGGCGAGUUCAUUGAAGCUCUUUGUGGCCAAGGAGCGUAUCCGCGUGUAUGCCGUGGAUCUACCAUUGAGUGCCUUAGGACUCUUUGUGGGAACGCUGGAACCCCGCAAUAUUGCUACAUGCCCCACAGAAGAGGAAAUUCCCAAAAUCAUCGAGAGGUUUCCACGUCUCAAGAAAUAUCUCACAUCGCUCUAUGACCAAAUAAUGGAUGAAUUAGCUAAUCCACGGCGGUCCUACUCAAUUAUUGGGCUAUGCAGCAUCCCCGAUUUAGGAUAUAGAUUUGUAGUUUAGUUUUUUAGGAGUAAAAAUUGCGAAUCACGUGGCGAAGGUUAAAGUGCAGGCAGACACAAUCAAGGGGUUAAUUGAACAAUCUUUAAUUCUUAAGCUGAGAACGCAACAAAUUGAAUUUUUUUUUUAAUUAAGAAAAGAUUAAUUUUCUAGUUUUUUUUUUGCGUUAAAAAAAUUUAAGAACAAAGAUUUCUUUUUGACGAAUUUUAUAAAGAACUUUAGGAAGAAUUUAAAAGUUUUCGAAGAAAGAAAUGAGAAAAAAAAAGACAAUACAAGAAGAAUUUUUAAAAUAAAUGAAUAUUUUCUUUGAUUUUUUUUAUGAUUUAUAUUGAAAGAAGUAAAAAAAAUUGUAUGAAUUAGUUGCAAAAAAUACUUUAUGAAUUUACAUGUAAAAUAUUCUAACUUUUUAAAAUGAAAAGUGUCAUUUUUUUUUGAAUAAAAAUAAAUAAAGAACAGAUUUUUUUAUCACAAAAAUUAUGAAUUUUUAUAACAAAAAGUUGGUUUGUGCUUCUUGUAAUAUCACAAAAAAAUAAUUAAAUUAUAAGAUUUUUUUUUUAUUUUACAUAUUAGCAUCUUCGGUUUAGUCGGUUUAGAUUUUUUUUAUUGUAUGCUUUCAUUUUUAUUUUAAACAAAAGAAAAUUCAUAAUUUGAAUAAUUUAUAAGACCUGAUGAAGGGGAUAAACAAAUUCGAAAAGUCUUGAUCCUGCUUCUUCUUCUUGUUCCUUUCAAAGUCUCAAUCUCAGGCCCAUUGAAAGCAUUUAAAAUAAAUUAAGUUCCUUGCAAGCAUUAAGUCUAAUCAUAUAAACAUAAUGAUUAUAGCUCUUUAAGCUUUGAUGGUGGAAGAAACUUAGGAAAUCAAAAAUAAAUAGAAUUUUUAUUAUUCAUUUUCAUUUAAUUUAAAACCAGCUUUUAAGCUAAAAAAAUACAAAAAAAAAUUAAAUUCACAAAAUAUGUAUUAAGUAUUUAUAUGAGCUUUCAACCCCUUGAUGACGAGUAUGAUUACAGAGCACUUCUGUAUUCUGUACCCGCCACAAAAGCACAAAGUGAUUUAUUUUCCUACAUAAGGUGAGAGAGUUGAUGAGAAGAAUAAAGUUAAAGUGAGAUUUUUCAGAAAAUAUAAUUUUUUGAUAAUCAUUAUUUUCUCUCUCAGAAAAAGAAAACUAAUUUUAUAAUAUUUAUGAAGGACAAUGUGGGAGAAAAAUGUACAAAGUGAAAGAAUUUAAAGGAUGUUUUUGAGAUAAAUAAAGAAAAAAAAGAAAUAAGGACGAAAAA